AUGGUGAAAGGCUUGAGCAAAGAACUAAGCGGUGACCUGAAGACGGUGAUCCUGGCCGCUAUGCGCGGCGAGGUGGCCGACUUCAAUGCGUCUGUCCAUGCGAGCAUGAAGGCAAGCACGGACACAGAUGCGUUGUGCAAGGCUGGACAAGGGCCUGAGUUUUCUGGUGAUGCGAAGCGCGCGAUGCUGUUCCUGGUGCGGUCGGUGCUGGAGCCGGUGAAUCUGCUUGCGGAGCUGUUUGAUACGACACUACAGGGUUGUGGCAAGAACGCGUAUGGCCUGAAUGCGUUAGUGGUGCGGUACUACCGCCUCCUUAAGCGCAUUCGCAUCGUAUAUACGCGCUUAUACCACCAGGAACUACGCACGCGUAUCCAGGGCGUGGUGAGUGGCGAGUACUGCCAGUUGCUUCUGUCAACAUUGGACGCGGCUGAGGUGGAGUUUGGUGCGUCUGCAUCAGUAACUACUUCGGCAUGUGCUGGUAUGAGCAGCUCGAGCACUGUUGUAAGUGGCAUGAACGAUGACACACUUUGCACAAACAGUGAUGUCUUAGACACGAGCGCUACUGUAAGUGGCACGAGUGCUGAUGCAAGUGGCACAAGCACUACUGUAAGUGCCACAAUUGCUGCUGUUGGCGGUGCUGUCGUUGGCUCGAGCUCGUCAGUGAAGGAGACGACAACGAUAGCCACAGAAGUGACUUCGCCUGAAGUAAUAAUGAGGAAAAAUCGUUACGAUACGUUAUCGGCUGAUAUUGAAGCUGCUGUUCAUGAAAUCCACUCGAAGUGCACUGGUGUUGCAUCAAUGGAUGAAACGAAACUAGCCUCGAUUUUUCUGUCAAAGACUGCUGAGCAGCGGUUUUUAAUCUGGUGGCACUACCGUAUCGUGUAUAAGCAAGACUUGGCAGUUUGGAUAAAGAGCACGAGUGACUAUGGCGUUCUGCUGAAGAUGCUCGCAAGUCCUUUGGAGCAAGUGGAAGCCAGGAUCCUGCACAAGGCGAUGAAAGGAUUGAUUACAACAGAGGAGUGGAUUUACCCGAUUGUGAUGGCUCGCUCAAAUGCUGAGAUUGCAAUACUGAAGAAGACAUAUUGUGAUCUAUAUGGCAAUGAUCUCGUGAGCACUCUGCGUAAAAAGCUCAGUGGUGAUUUGGAAAAAAUAGUCGUGGCUGCCGUCCAGGAUAAUGUGACAGAGUUUGAUCCUAUGGUGCACACGGAUGCAAAGGCUGCUACCGAUGCUGAAGCUCUUUACAAAGCAAGCCAAGGAAAGUGGGGUGUUGACAAAGAGCUGUUCAUUCGACUGAUUGUGUCAAGUCCUAGCGAGCACUUAUGUGCUAUCAAUGCCGCGUACUCCAAGAAGUACAAGACAAGUAGCCUUAUCAAGACAAUUAAGAGCGUAUUCAAACGAGAUGCUCAAAUGGCACUAUUGUAUCAUGUCCGAAUGAUAUUUGAGCCAUUUGAGCUCUUGGCAGAACUCUUUAAAAACACAAUGGAAGGGAUUGGUACGGACGAGUACGGCCUUAGCGCAGCAGUGGUACGUUACCAUUCAAUGCUGCCAGAGAUCAAGACUGCGUUCAAACAAUUGUAUCGCGAAGAGCUACGUGAUGAUAUUCGCGAUGAUACUAGUGGCAAAUAUCGUGAUUUACUCUUGGGAAUAGUCGAUAGUUACUAA